AUGCCAUCGACCACGACCGCUCUACGAUCCUCUGAGGCUAUUACAAAGUUUCUAAGAUCAAAAGAGGGAGACAUUUACGAUAUUUUAAAACUUGCAAGUGAUGUUUUAGAUCAAAAAUUGGAUGUUUAUUUUCCAAAUAGCAGAGACUUUGUAUUGAGUUUACUUGUUGACCGUUUGAAUGAUAGAUCAAACUCGUCCAAAUUCGGGGAAUGGAAAUACAACAAAGAAGUUUGGAGCUUGUUACAGAAAGUAUUACAAGUUAAGGACCGCAAUCAGUCUGAUGCCAGCAUUUUGCAAAAUUUGAAAAUCAUUGAUCUUGUGAUACUCCUAAUGGAUAGUAAUGAUCCCCAAGGAUGGGGCUGUUUGCCUUCUGUGUGUCAUAUUUUGUCUAUGUUUAUGCAAAAGCUGUUUAUUGAGAUUGACGAGUAUACUGGAAUUCGAUUGCUCAAAUCUUCACUCAAAUAUACUGAAAACCGUACACUAGGCGACUCUUCAACAUCAUUGGACGAAAUUGUGACAAGCUUAUAUUGGAAUUCGAGCUCUCAAGGGGUGUUGGAUGUGUCAAAGAAAUCGUACACACUGUUCUUUGAGGAUCUUUUUCACCCAUUGACCAAGCAUUUGUCCACUAGCAGUGAACUGCCCGCAAAGCAUUUGUAUGAGGAGGUCUUCACAAAGAGAAUUUUCAAUCCAGCAAACCUACAAUACUUACCUCAUAAUCUAGAGAAGCUUCUCAAAAAGGAAACUAUCGAUGAUGCAUCAUUGAAAUAUUUUUUUCAAAAAGCGGUUCAGAAACUAGCGUCAAAGAAUAUGAAACUUUGUACAGAAGUAUUCAAUGUUAUUGUCAACAAGUUUCCACAUUUAGCUGAACUGCUCCUAGCGCUUUUGGUAAGCUCCCAACAUACAAUGCCACAAGAGUUCAUCUCUUCGGUUUACGCAAAAGAAGUUGCAAGCAAAAAGUUCAUUGAUUUGAAUUGGGAUAUGGUAAAGUAUGUUUUUGAGUUGGAUAGUGAGUUGGCUGCAACAAAAUCAAAAUUUGUUUUUGAAAAGUACAAUUCGGCUUUCAAAUUGAAUGAAAAAGUUUUGCCUGUGGGGAAAGUUGUUGUGUCUGCUUACACAAAGAAUAGAGAGUUGGUCGAUUUUCUAAUCAAGGUUUGGCCCAAAGCAAUUGGAAAAGAUGAAUUAUGGGAUGGAGAAGAAUUUGUUGCACAUGUGGCCCAUUGUGUCAGUUUCUUGUCUGAGAAACAAAUAACUCAAGUCGUUGAGGCUUCAUCUAGAUUGCUGACUGAAGCAUCAGCCGCCAUUUUAACAGCAAUUACAAAAGGGUUGAUGCCAGCCUCGCCCAAGAUGGUAGAGUCUUUGAAGCCAAGUUUUCACCAAAUUCAAGACUUUAUAAACGCAUCCAGCAACUUUUGGCAAAUUCGAUACAAUCUUCUCAAUUUGUAUGGUACAGACUUUGUCGUCCCCGAAAGUUUAUUGAAGUUAGAUUAUGAUGUUUACUACCAUUACACCAUGUUUAGAUUAUUGGAAUUGAGCGUGGUUAAGUGUUAUUCCGAAAAGCAGCAACGCCAGUUUAUCUUGUUUUUACGUGAUAAUUCAAGCCUCGUUCCACUGGUUUUUUAUAGAUGGUUUGUUAUAUUCAACGAGUGCUUUUCAGGUGAGAAUAUAAUUGAGUUACUAAAAGUUGCACUUGAAACAAACUUCCUUGAAAAUAUUGAUGGGGAGUUUUUCGAACAGAGAAACAUAUUGAGUUGCAUGACAAGGAUCUUUAUUGAUGACCCAUUAUCCUCUCUCAAGUAUAUAACCAAUGUUCCCUUGGUGUGUUAUUCUCGAGGUCCCAAAAAAGACUUGCUAAACACUUUAACUAAGAUAUACAUUGAAUCAAGAAAGGAAGGAGUUUUGCAUUGUAUCGACUAUCUACUCGAGUCGUCAUCAUAUCAAUCAAACAUAGAACGUGACUUUUCCAUACUUGUUCAAUUGUUGGGAUUGGCAACCACUGGAGAAGCUCAAAGGUAUGCAAUCAGCAUCUCUGAGAAAGUGUGGAAAAGUAAUAUCGAUAUGAUUAAGUCUGAUGCUAAUCGGAUUUACGUUGAAAAUGCAAUCGACACACUUUUGAAGCACAUGAACAAAGAUAACGGUGCCAACAUUACGCCCCAGAUGAAAAUGGCCCUAAUUGUCAUUUCAUAUCCAAGCGUACCUGCUGGUGAAACUCUUGUCAAGUACGAGAAAUUGGCUCAUACUUUCAAGGGGUGCUGCAUAAAACAAAUAAAAAAAUUUCAAGAUUUCAAAGAAGAUUCAAAGCUUAUUUGGUUAUUACGUGGAGUUGCUAGUAUACCUCGAUCGAUGUUAAACUUCAAAGAUGUGUCGAACAUUACAAAAUUGUUUCAAGGUCAAUCAUAUAAUGAUUCCCUAAUGCAAGCGAUAUUCAGCUUGGUUUGCAAAACUGCUCAGCCUGACUUGCAGUUUGCAAAAUUUGUGUUGGGCUUAUUUUUGGUACUAGACACCAAGGCGUCUUCACAAAUUCUUUAUGAUGAUCUUGUUAAAUAUUUGCAAAUGGUUGCAAACGAAGAGUUGGAUGUGUAUCGUACAGUCUGCUUGUAUGCGAUAGCAUCGACCACAGAAACAGAGGAAGGUUUCGUGAAUUCCACUACCAAGAUUGUCUCUGCAAUGUUGACUUCUAUGCCAAAGGAGUGUGACAAGACCUUGCUGGUUGGAUUAUUUGCUAAUUACUUAAGAAUGUCGCUGUAUUUACUUCUGCUCAAGUCUGUGCGCCACAUAGUGACCAGCAUAAAGUGGUUACUAACCCAGAAGCCGUGGUUGUUCAACCAAUAUGUUCUCGAAAUGGCCAUUGCUUUCGUUGGGGAUGUGCAAAAAACGGUAGGGAGCCCAGAAAAGGAUGAGUUCGAGGAGUUGUACUCGCAAUCUACACAAACGGUGUCUCAAAUGUUGUUACAUCAUCGAUUCAAAUUAUCCACUCGUCAUCACUUGAUAAUUAACUUAAUGUGUACCUUUUUGAAAAAAUUAGUUGAGCCUGAACAGUUGGGACAUAGUACUACGGCGGCUAACUCAUUCACCAGGUUAUUGAGCAAUUUGUGUGAACCACAAGAGCAUGUUAGAGAUGUAUCAACUGGAAUGGGCCAGUAUAAUAACAGAUUAACCUCACAAGCAAGCCUUUACAAGAAACUGCUUCGUGUACAUUUACCAUACUUGAUGAUCAAUUACAUUUACCUAAAUUUGAAGUUUACUUUUGAUAAAGAAGUGAAUGACAUUUUAGUUGUGGGAAUCUACACUAUAUUUGAUAUAUUGUCAAAGAGGGAGUUACAAAUUGUCAACUCUGCUUUGGACUUCACAGGCAAAGCAUUGUACAAGAGUUUGUAUCGGGAUUAUCAAGAGUAUUGGAAGUGGAGGGACCAAUAG